AGGAAUAUAUAAGGUAUCAUAAAGUUUAAUACAUAAACCAGUUUUCAUUAUUAAUUCUAAGGUUCCCACGGCUUCGACAGCUAGUUCUGUUCCAUUCCCCAGCUUAAGUGUUCUUCGGUUUCUUUCCAGCUUCUGGAUUGUAAGGAAUCCCUGAAAGUUCGCAGGCAGCAUGACAGUAGCAUGUCCGACCGGUGCGGAUGUGAAGACACCCGUGUUCGGUCCAAGUGAGGGAAUGACCGGUAUGGCCGAAGCCAUAUUCGGUCCGAAUGGGGUGACCAUUGUGGCCGUAGCCGCGGUUGGUCCAAUAACCGAGGUGACCGGAGCUGACCCCAUAGUCGCGCUCGAUUCAACGAAUGUGGUGAUCGGAGUGGACCCCACGGCCGCACUCGAUCCGAAAGGAAAGUUGAUCGGAGUGGUCUGCCCUACAGAGCCACCCAAUCCAUCCGAAACGUUCACAACCGGAGUCUCGGAACUACUCCCGUUUCCGGUGUGAGCGUCAUAACCGAAUCCGUCCAUACCCCCCAUUGCGCACGGAUAUGACUACUACCUUAAGAUUGUUACAAUUUUUUGUACGGAUUACAACGGACGGGGAAGAUGAACGGCCCCGGUAAUAAAAAUAAAUAAAAUUCUGAAUUUAUA